CUCUCCUACACACUUCUUUUCUUUUUGGAUGCUAAGUGUGACUUGUAAAAUAAAAAAAAAAUUCUUAAAAAAAAUGAAAUGAUUUUUAAUGCAAUUUUAGUCUUCCUUUUUAAAGAAUCUUUGAUUCGUUUUUAGUAACAAUCUGGCCGGUUAUUGGCUGUGCGUGUGGCGUAUCUGCAUCAGCAAAUUGGUUCUUUCCAGUCUGCCGGCCAACCCCGCCAGAAUCCAUUAUCCUUCGUCUUAAACUCUUCCCUGAUCCGACCUUUUCUUCUCAUCUGCCAUGGCCACUUCUUCCCCAUUCGAAGUGGAUGAGUGUCGUGGUGUCCUACGCGUCUACAGCGAUGGCUCCAUCGUCCGCUCUUCCAAUCCAAGCUUCAACGUCCCUGUCCUCGACGACGGCUCCGUUCUAUGGAAAGACCUCCUUUUUGACCCCAUCAACCAUCUUCACCUCCGUCUCUACAAGCCUGCUGUUUCUUCCUCUGCACUCCCCGUCUUCUUCUACAUACACGGCGGCGGCUUCUGCAUCGGCUCUCGCACCUGGCCCAACUGUCAGAACUACUGCUUUCGCCUCGCCUUGGAACUUCCCGCUCUCGUCAUCUCCCCUGACUACCGUCUCGCUCCUGAGAAUCGCCUUCCGGCUGCCAUCGAUGACGGCUUUUCGGCUGUCAGGUGGCUCCAAGCCCAAGCUCAAUCGGACCACCCCGAUCCCUGGCUCGCCGACGUGGCCGAUUUUAGUAGAGUUUUCAUCAGCGGUGACUCCGCCGGUGGGAACAUCGCUCACCAUCUUGCAGUGGGACUGGGGCUGGGUUCGCCUGCGUUUGCGCCGGUUCGAGUGAGAGGCUACGUUCUUCUGGCGCCAUUCUUCGGCGGGACGGUGAGGACUCGGUCCGAAGCGGAAGGCCCCAAAGAUGCCUUCCUGAAUCUGGAGCUCAUCGACAGGUUUUGGAGAUUAUCGAUUCCGAUCGGAAGCAGUACCGAUCAUCCGCUGGUGAACGUGUUGGGACAGUCGAGCCAAGACCUGGAGGCAGUGGAGGUGGAUCCGAUAUUGGUAGUGGUGGGCGGCGCUGAUCUGUUGAAAGAUCGAGCGGUGGAGUACGCCGAGACGCUGAAAAAACAGGUGAAGAAGAUAGAGUUGGUGGAGUUUGAAGGAAAACAGCACGGAUUCUUCACCAUUGAUCCAAAUUCUGAAGCUUCUAACCAAUUAAUGCUCCUUCUCAAGCAAUUUGUGGCUCAACAUUCACGCUGAUUUCAUCCAUCCCUCUUCCCUCUGAAUCUGCUCAAUAAAAUGUUCAAAUCUCCAUCCAUUCGCUUCAUAAUUCUGCAUUCUAUAUGAAAAUUUGAAGUUCUUAGUACAGAUUUCAACCUAAGAUUUUCUAAUAGUUCAAGAGAUCUAAACCAUGGAA